CCUGAUCAACUGCUCUGCAAACAACCAUCACUCUGAAUCCCAAAGGCCUGAGAACGUCUGUUCUCCAGUACCUGCUGCUGAUCUUCUGCCUCAGCCAGCAAGAAGCACCAUGAAAUUGGAAUUCACGGAGAAAAACUACAACAGCUUUGUGCUGCAGAACCUGAACAAACAGAGGAAACGCAAAGAGUACUGGGACAUGGCCCUGACUGUGGACCACCAUGUUUUCUUUGCACAUCGCAACGUGCUGGCUGCUGUCUCCCCACUGGUGAAGAGCCUCAUCUCCAGCAAUGACAUGAAGACCACCGAUGAGCUCUUUAUCACCAUUGACCCCAACUACCUGAGUCCGGCCACGGUGGACCAGCUCCUGGACUACUUCUACAGUGGCAAGGUGGUGAUCUCAGAGCAGAACGUGGAGGAGCUCCUUCGCGGGGCCCAGUAUUUCAACACACCACGCCUUCGAAUCCACUGUAACGACUUCCUGAUUAAGUCCAUCCGCCGUGCGAACUGCUUGCGCUACCUCUUCUUGGCUGAGUUGUUUGAGCUCAAAGAAGUAUCAGACUUGGCCUACUCUGGCAUUCGUGACAACUUCCACUACUGGGCCAGUCCUGAGGGCUGUAUGCACUUCAUGCGCUGUCCACCUGUCAUCUUUGGCCGCCUGCUCCGAGAUGAAAACUUGCAUGUGCUCAAUGAGGACCAGGCUCUCAGCGCACUCAUCAAUUGGGUGUACUUCCGGAAGGAUGAGCGGGAGAAGUAUUUCAAGAAGUUCUUCAACUACAUCAAUCUUAAUGCCGUCUCCAACAAGACACUGAUGUUUGCCAGCAACAAGCUGAUGGGCAUGGAGAACAGCUCAGCCCAUGCAACCCUGAUUGAGAGUGUCCUCAUGGACCGCAAGCAGGACAGGCCAUCCAGCUUGUUGAGCUACCAGCGGAAAGGGGCCCUGCUUGAUUCGGUGGUCAUCCUGGGUGGCCAAAAGGCCCAUGGCAAGUUCAAUGAUGGAGUGUUUGCCUACAUCAUCCAGGAGAACCUGUGGCUGAAGCUGUCAGAGAUGCCCUAUCGGGCGGCAGCACUUAGUGCCACCUCUGCUGGUCGCUACAUCUACAUCUCUGGUGGUACCACUGAGCAGAUUUCCGGGCUGAAGACGGCUUGGCGGUAUGACAUGGAUGACAACUCCUGGACCAAGUUGCCAGACCUGCCGAUUGGGCUUGUCUUCCACACCAUGGUGACCUGCGGGGGGACAGUGUACUCAGUGGGUGGGAGCAUUGCUCCAAGGCGGUAUGUGUCCAACAUCUAUCGCUAUGAUGAGCGCAAGGAGGCCUGGUGCCUGGCAGGGAAGAUGAGCAUCCCUAUGGAUGGCACAGCCGUGAUCACCAAGGGUGACCGGAACCUGUACAUUGUCACGGGGCGGUGCUUGGUGAAAGGCUAUAUUUCCCGGGUUGGAGUGGUGGACUGCUUUGACACCAACACUGGGGAUGUGGUCCAGUGUAUCACCUUCCCCAUUGAGUUCAACCACCGGCCCCUGCUCUCUUUCCAUCAAGACAACAUCCUCUGUGUGCACAGCCACCGGCAGAGUGUGGAAAUCAACCUGCAGAAGAUAAAGGCCAACAAGACGACCACCUCGGUGCCUCUCUUGCCCAACAACUGCCCCUUAGAUGUGUCCCAUGCUAUAUGCUCCAUUGGAGAGAACAGAGUGUUUGUAUGUGGGGGUGUCACCGCAGCCAGCGACGUCCAGGCAAAGGACUACACCAUCAACCCAAAUGCCUACUUGUUGGACCAAAAGGCAGGCGAGUGGAAGACGCUGGCCCCCCCACCAGAGGCACUGGACUGUCCUGCCUGCUGUCUAGCCAAGCUACCUUGCAAGAUUCUUCAAAGGAUUUAAACAACUUUUUAAGUGGGAGAAUAAGUAAAUGCAUUAUUAUUAACAAUUUAAUGAGAGAGUGGAAGAUGGCCUGUUGGUUCCUU